GACUGCUGUGACGCGAAACGCCAUCAACCGGGAUCGGACAAAGCUGGCUACAGAUGUUGUUCCCUAGAGCAGUUCGCCAAGAGUGUCGUCUGCGGCAAUCUGGGAAAGAUCAUGGUCGACGGCGAGUGCGUUUGCCCCUCCAACAUGAUCGAGGACGCCAGUGGAGUCUGCCAAGUUGCCAUUCCCGCACCAUCUUGCGAAUCCGGCCUCCAUGAAGGUAAGCAUACUGGGAGAUGCUUCAUCUAUGCUCUAGCACCUUUGAAGCGGUUAGCUGGUACUGAUGAUCUAAGGUAUAGGAAAUUCCAGUUCUGCAAAACCGAGGCUUGCUCCGGCAGAUCGCCCAUCAAUCCCAACGACGAAUUCCGCAUCUACGAUGUUCUGGGAGACGGCCUGACUGACGAAAGUUUCGGGCUGUGGGUCAACUGGCCAGUAAAUACACCUGAUGGCCGCCUUGGAACCACGGAGACAUGGGGCAAGGCCUCAAAAUUCUCCAUCAGUCGAUGGACUGACGGGCAAUACUGUCUCUCGCGAGUUCACAACACGUUUGUCAACCAGCAAUGCUUCCCUCUGUGGGUCGUCGAAGUGCCUUGCGAUAUUCACGCUCUUGAGAAUAACUGCAUC